AGUUGGUCCUUUCAGUGCGUUUUUAGCCGUUCGUGCGGUUGGUUUAGCCAUCAAAAUCAGUCCCAGGAAACUGAUCCAUUGAUAUCCCAUCGGUCGAAUUGUGGCAACAAGUGUCCUGCGAGGAUGUGCGUGAGAAACUCACUGUGCAGUGUGAUUUUAAUUUACCUUGUCGCUCUGCUCGGUUUGGCAUUUGUGGUCCUGGCCCAGAACGAGGGGAAUAUAUCCCAGUCGGCGGUGGCGGUGGGCGAGGAGUGUGGGAGUACGCAGAAAAUGGUGGACGAGUGCUUCAAGGAUCUGCCGCCGCAUCUAAUGGAAUUCCUGCAGAACACCAAAAUAGUCAUCAGCAAAAAGGAGAUCACCCAAAAGUGCAACAUAUUCAACCGCGGCAUGAGGUGCUUCGAUACUUACUCGAAGCGUUGCCUGGACGAUCGAAAGCUGGGCACGUUUAAGAAUAAUGUGGAGGGAGCCCGUCGAUUUUUCUACAAAUUCUGUGGUGACGCCGACUUUCAGCGGGACUACCUGCGGCACAAGGACUGCUUCGCACACAUCCAACUGGAUUGGGUCACCUGCACGGGCGAGUUCGAGGGCAUCCUCAGCGAGGAGGUGCACGACGAAAGGCGCAACGCCAGCGAAAAGUUCCUCGAAUUCUGCUGUGCCCGCUAUGCGUACGAGAACUGCAUCUACAACAGUGCCCGCUACAAGUGCUACAAGAACUCGGCGGAGUUUGCCCGCGAGACGGCCAAAAUGCUGUCGGACGAGAAGCACUUCAGGAACUGCGCGGUCCUCCAGAACAUCUGCGCCCCGAAUGGUGCCGGACGGGGCCUGGGACUGGACAAAUGGCAUUGGAUGGGGUUCCGGAUGAGGAUGACGUUGACGCUGCUGCUGAUGCUGCUGCUGGUGGUGCGGAUUUGGCCGUAAAUCGAAAUGUGGCCAGGACACCCACUAGUUUUGGCACUGUGUGAUGUGUGAUGUGGAGCUGCGGUUGUGGCUGCUGGUCUGAGUUUGAGUUCUCCUUGCUUUUGUUUGUUGUUUUGUAUUUUUUUUUUCUGGGUUGUAGUUGUCCCAAUGAGAAUGCCAAGCAUUUCAGCUCCCUUUAGUCACCCAUCGAUAAGAUAACAAAAAAAAGAAAAGAAAGGAACCCUCUAUCUCUACGUGUCUGUGAAUUUUCCAGUGUCGUUUUUGGGGCGAGAUUGCUGGGCGGGCGGGUUACUGGGU